AUGGUGACAUCGUCUCCUCAUGAAUAUCAUCGUUCGAAUCUACCACAAUUUCAAUUACAACGAUUACUUGAUGCUUUUGAAAAAGAGCAGAAAAGUUUUAACGAUGAAUCAAAACGAUCAAUUUGUGCGCUUGAAGAAAGAUGUAGGCAAUUUGCGGAUAACCAAGCAAUUCUUCAAGUUCGAAUUCUGGAAAAAGAUUCUGAAAUAGAUUUGCUAAAAGCGCAAAUAAAUACAUGUGCUGCAGUGGAUGAACAAUUUCGUUUAAUAAAAACAAAAUUGGAUAAUGAAUUACUCGAAAGUAAAAAUAAAAGUGAUCAAAUUCGUGUUUUAACAGAACAAGCUGAAAUUGUUAAAAGGCAACACGAAAAUGAAAUCCGAGAAAAAGAUAAAUGUAUCAGCGAACUUUUCUCGAAAUUAAAAGCAGCUGAAGAUGCAAGUAAACCAGCAUUUGAAAAAACAGCUAAUCUUCAAAAUGAAAUUGAUGAAUUGAAAAGACAGGUAAAUGAAUUUUCCAUGUUAAUAUUCUAA